AUGUAUCACAUACCAUAUCGACAAAGGCGCGGCUAUGAAGCGCCCUGCGCGGCGACAGGGACUAUAUGUCACAACCCUCCAACAAGCCUGCAUGCAGUAGACAAUGGAACGAGAUGUGCUUUGGAGGUCAAGAAUGGGAACAUGGAAGCAUACAGAUACUGCCCACAGCUUCAUCUUUGUGAGUACCUAGAUUGUCAGAAUCUGAGAUCACGACACCGUGACCAAUACCUUCCACUCUGCGACGGCCACCGCUGCCAGUACGACAGUUGCCGGAAUCCUAGAGACGGUGGUGCUGGUGUAUUCUGUCGAUCUCAUACUUGCAGCGAGCCUUACUGCGGUGCCUUCGCUCCAGGCACAGAUCUAGACGAUCCUCAACGGUUCUGCGAACGUCAUCGUCAAUGUCUAAGACCGCACUGUCCACGUCUCUGUCAUACUCGCGACAACGGACAUCCCACACCUUUUUGUGGUGCGCAUUACUGCGAAGCACAUGAUUGUGACGAUGGUCGUGACGGGGGUGCUUUCUGCCAUGCGCAUACGUGUGUCGAGCCAGGCUGUGUAAGAGGCAGACAGAACCCUGGUGAGUAUUGCAGGGAGCAUACGUGUAGGCAUUGGAACUGCCGGAUGAGGAGGAUUGGGAGGGAAUUUUGUCCGCAGCAUGAGUGUGCCUAUGAUGGCUGUAACGCUGAAGUGGUGGAGGGGCGGUUUUGUGACCGUCACAAGAGACGUAUGGGGGCUGGAUUUGGGGGGAGAAGAUAUCCGGCUCCAGGGAUGGGAUAUCCCAUCUACGACGACGAAGAGGAUGUGGCCGAAGGCCUGAACACGGCAGCCCAUUCUGCCAACACCACAUCUGUCACGUCCACAACUGCCCAGCCCCUAGGACUCGAUCAUCUCAGUUCUGCAUUGAUCACGAGUGCCCUAUAG